AAGAACAUCAGUGUUGUGAGCGACACGAGUUUAUUUUUAAACUUAACUAGAAUAGUGCGUGCAGCAUAUGUCAUUUGUUUUAGUACUAAACAAUAUAGCACUGAAAUAAAAUUCGUAGCGGACUGACUUCAUCGUCAGAAUGUCUGAUUUGAAGGUGCAGGUAGGCUCCAUUUUAGAGAUCAUGGUGAGUACGACGGUGACCGAAAUGACCAAAGUUGUCGGCGGCUCUGCUUCAACACAGUCAGAGUCCUCGUCCUGUUCGACCGACAACACGCGCCGCUCCUCGGAGGACAAGGUGAUCCAGUUCGGUGUCUUCAUGACGUCUCUGGCUCAAGAAGCUGUGGAGAAGAUCUGCCAGCUUUUCCUCGAGUGUUCCUCUCUGCAGCAGUUAGAAGUGACGCAGGGCGUUGCGGAGGUUGAGGACCUGAGGAGGAGACUGGAGGCAGCAGAGAUGGAGCUGAAGCUGGUGCUUGCCGGGAGCCUGAAGGAGGCAGAGGAGGCGACAGAGGACAGCGGCGGAGAGAAAGUGGGCGGCCGAGCAACAACCAGAAGAGGAGGAAGAGGAGUGAGUGUGCAAAGCCGGCAAUCCGGGAGGAAGAGCCCCAGAGAUGUGGCGUGUGGAGAUGCUGCAGUGAAGAGAUCGCCUAUCGUCCACCUGUGGAGAAACCGAAGUUAUGAGGACUGUGUCCAACCUGUGGUAAUAAAGGAGGAAGGCCUGGAGGCGCUCGCUGACCAGGCGUCCUCCGACUCGUGUCAGUACAGAGACGAUCCAGGCCAGGACGACCAUGACGACCCAGACUACCAGUUGGAGCAUGAAUAUCCGGGUGACGGCGACGCGGGAUUCACCGCCAGGCCCAAACGCGCUGCAAAGCCCCCAAAGUCCCAGCGGGGCCGAGCGAAGAGAGAGAGCUCGGCCCCUCUGAGCUGCAAACACUGCCGGAAAACCUUCACCAAGCUGCUGCAGCUCAAGGCCCACCAGGCCGUCCACGAGGCCAACGCCGAGAAGCCCUUCCACUGCUCCCAGUGCGGCAGAGGCUUCUCAUUCCAGCGAAGCCUCAACGCGCACAAGCUGCUUCACACGGGCGAGAGGCCACACACCUGCGACGUUUGUGGCAAAGGUUUCACCCUGAAACAGCUGCUGAGGAACCACCAGCGGCUCCACGCUGAGGUCCGCCCGUUCCACUGCGAGCAGUGCGGAAAGAGCUUCUACCGAGCCCACGGGCUGAAGAUGCACCAGAUGGUGCACACCGGGGAGCGGGCCUACAACUGCCAGUACUGCAACAAGAGCUUCACCAUACAGGGAAACCUGCAGCGCCACCUGCGCAUCCACACGGGCGAGAAGCCGUUCCGGUGCGAGACGUGUGGGAAGAGCUUCAACCAGGCGGACACCCUGAAGGGCCACCAGCGGAUCCACACUGGCGAGCGGCCCUUCAGCUGCGACACGUGCGGCAAGUGCUUCAUCCAGAAGAGCGCCCUGAAGUUGCACCAGAAGAUGCACUCGGGCGAGAGGAAGGAGAAGACGUGCGUGGCGUGCGUGGCGUGCGGCGCCGCGGUGGCCUGCGUCAACUCGAUGCGCAAACACCUGCUGACGCACGCGGCGUCCAUCCCGUGCACGUGCGUGCUCUGUGGCCGACGGCUCGGCUCCAUAACGGACCUGCGCUCGCACCAGCAGCACCACACAGUGGACCGGCCGCACGGCUGCGGGCUGUGUGGGAAGAGCUUCAAGUCGUCCAGCUACCUGAAGAUCCACCUGAAGACGCACAGCGGGGAGAAGCCCUUCUCCUGCCACAUCUGUGGCCGCACGUUCACGCAGCACAGCAGCCUCAAGUCGCAUCAGGUGGUCCACACCGGAGAGAAACCGUUCAGCUGCGACACGUGUGGGAAGUGUUUCAGCAACACGGGGAACCUGAACCGACACCAGCGCAUCCACACGGGCGAGAAACCCUUCUGCUGCGACACGUGCGGCCGCAGCUUCAACCAGGGCAACAGCCUGAAAGCCCACCAGCAGAUCCACACCGGGGAGAAGCAGUUCAUGUGCGACAAGUGCGGGAAGAGCUUCUCCUACCUGAGGAACCUGAAGGACCACAAGUGUUUCUACGUCUGAACCGCUUAGUGUCAGCUUCCCCAAACCUGGUGGGGAAAGUUUGAAAAGCGGUUACGGUGAUAAUGGUUCAUUUUUUUCCCCCACAUUGGAUUUGUUUCACCGCAAAGCGCUCCUCAAGUUGAGUGAGGCAAGGUCACUGAGUAUGUCAGAGGCUUCAGUGACAAUGUAGUUUCCGCUUGGAGCUGCUGUAGCAGACAGCGAUGGACAAGGUCCUGCGAGGGCUCUGUAGAAGUUUACUGUGUGGGUAAUGGGGCGCUCAGAGACCAGAGCCGAGGCUCUCAAUGUUGGCCCUAAGUUAACAACCAUUCAGUUGAUAAUGAGACAGGCUUAAAGAGUUGUAGUGAGCAUCUUUAUGUUUGCCAUUUAAGGCGCCUACCUGACUACGGUAGGUUAAACGUCUGCUUGAAUAACCUGCAAGAGUUAAUGAAUAACAGAUGAUGUUUGAAACUCCUAAAUUGAAAAAAUGCAACAUUUGUGUAUAUGCAGGAAUAAUUCAAUUUAAAUAAAUACCUUUUUCAGGAGACUUUCUAUACAUGUUGUAAUCCAACUGGUUGCAUCAGCGACACACCCUAACUUCUUGUCAAUAAAAACGACGAGGUGUGAAAAAGCACAAGAAAAGGAACCAUUAAGUAAUUGUUUCACAUGGUGAAUUUUAUCGUGCCUUUAACUUAUUUUUGAGUCACUGUUAAUGAUCUGUUUUCAUCCUGGAUUUUGCAGCACUUCGUGUUGCAAAAUUCAAAGUUACUUCUCAUAUGAUCAUUGUUGAUUAUUCUCAUGAAGUUGUCAGUUUUCUAUCUGGCUAUAGUUCAACAGAUCAUUUAAUUUGCCUUCACUUGGUAAAGAGAGUAAAAUUCGAAUGUAUUUUUAGGCAGAAUCUACUGUGAUGUGAGAUGUGAGAAAACUGUAGGUUCAUUAUUUCUGUGAGCUCCCUAACUUUUCCAGCGUGUGACUCAGAAUGCAGGAUGUGAUGCUGAGUUUAAUUCAUUAUUAAGGCUUUCACAGCCUCUUUAUUUGAAGUUUAUGACUCUGUGACCACUGUGGUAGAUUCAUUUAAAAGUUUACAGCGGUUUCAUUACUUUCCUCAACUUUUAACAAAGGUAUUAUUAACAAACCAGGCCCGAUUAAACUAAGCUGUUUUUUGCUGACAGACGCUAAAGUAUUAUCAGUCAUUGAUCUGGAUUGUAAAAGUGUCACUGACUAAGUUACUUCUCUUGUACAACUCAGCUGAGUCCUUUUGAUAAACACUGGAAUGUGAAAUGUUGAGGGUUUUCUUUAAUUUACUUUUUGUAAUGUUUUUUGACAAAACAAUAAAAUAAAACGAAUACA